GCCGCGUGUUUUUUUUUAACAGUAUUUAAUUUUAUUACUCUUAACAUACUAGCAAUGUAGCAAAUAGCAGAUAGCCAGCUAAACCGAUCCGAUACCAUGAUGUCGAGAUCAGACUUCUCUCCUUACCAAGUUUUUUUUAACAGUAUUGUUGUAUGCUUUUCGAGUCAACACUUCGCGCGUUCGAUUAUAAUUUUUGCUGUCGUCUGUCGUUUUUAAAAUUCAGUAACAAUGAUCGAAUUGGCGUUUUUCUUCCAUUACAUUUCGGAUCUAGUGCUUAAUCAGGUAAACUCUCGGCUAUACCUGCAAAAAGCCUGCCUUGCCAAUACAACGACCGAAAAGUCGUAUAAAGUUUGCUAUAUCGACCAAGAUGGAUUAAGUAGAUUAAUUUGGCCAGUCACAACUACUUCUUAUUAUCGUUGGGCUAUGCUAUUUCUGUGCGUAUUUUAUGUAUCAUUAGCCACAUCAUGGAGCGACAUAUCCGGUCGACGUCGAAGACCACUCGUCUUCAUAGCGAUUUUCGGACAAAUCAUGCAGUCGAUCUGUGGCUUACUGAAUCAUUUUUUCAAUUCGAGUUUCAUAGUGACAUUCAUUUUUAAUUCGAUUUUCGAGUUCAUCGGAGGAAUAAACAUGAUGUUUGUGGUGGCACAGAUUUACAUCUGCGAAACUGUCGCUGUAGAAAAUCGUACCAUGAGGUUGGGGCUGUUAUGGGUAGUCAGACUUGUAUGUCAGAUAGUUGGCUACCAAAUCACAAAUCACUUGGUAUACGACAAAUUUGGAUUUUACUACUCGUAUGCGUUAUGUCUUAUACUGUCCAUUAUUGCACGGGUACUAGCUGCCCUUCGAGUCUACGAUAAGUUUAUCGUUCCGGAAGAACAGCAGAGUUUUUGGAAAUUGUUCGAUGUGACCCGAAUUGCUCACAGUUUCAAAUUGGUGUUUAAGGAAAGUCUUGGAAAAAAACGACAGCUUGUUUUAUUGCUAUUGAUUGCAUACGUUUUGGUGUAUUGUGUAUAUGAAGGCGAAAAUGGGUCUGCUUCUUACAUUAUUAUUACUGUACUUAGAUCGCUCGACGGCAGCCUUCGUCACUACUCUUCUGUUCUCGUCGCUAAAAAUCUUGCAAGCAUUUUCAACACCCUGUUUUGCUGCGUCAUCCUGAGUAAAUGUUUGAAAAUCCGCGAUGUUUCGAUCGGAAUUUUUGCCAGCAUCUGUAAUCUCAUCGGAAUCAUUUUAUAUUUCUUUGUUGGUCAGACAUGGCACCUUUAUAUUGCGACGAUGUUGAAUGCUUUUCAUGGCGUGAUAUUAUUCACCGGUGUUUCUUUUUUGACCAAAUUUUUCGACGGUAAAGAAUUUGGAAGGUUGUUUGGUGUGCUCAAUAUCUUCUUUUGCUUGGUUUUAAUCUGCGCACGGGCGUAUGUAGUCCUUGUUGCAAAAACUACGAGUAUCUAUAGCUAUUCGCCAGCUGUAUAUAUAGGCAGUCUUUUCUUGAAUGUUGCAGUUUUGGUGUUAUACUGCAUUUCGUUUAUGUUUUGGCGACUGGCGAGUGAUCCUGAAUUGUGAAGAAUCUCAACUUGUGAACAUUUUUUUAUACUUUGUGAACGGAAAUACUUUCUUGUAUUUGUUGAAAAUAAUAUUUUGCAUUUAUUUAGAGUACCUAAA